GAUUAAGCUUCACCUUUAACAUGUCCAGCAACACUGAUAAGUCCAAGUUGAGUCUUGAUGAGUGCAAUCGUCAGGUGAUUGAAAUCCUUGUUGACCCUCCAGAGACUCGCCCUCCUCACCCACUGCAGACAAAUGAUGUGGCUGCUAGAGGCUCACCAGAACAGGAUUAUGAAACAAUCAAGUCGAUCAAAAUUGAUGACAACUGUUCCAUUGAAAGUCACCCUGGUGAUGAUUUGGGCCCUUGCAAUACCAUUGAGUUCACCUCUACUGACUGCAAUACAUUUGAACCUGAUGGCGACGUGGAUGCUGGACAAGGAUACCUCAUACAUCACCACGCAAGUGGUUCUGAAGAGCACAGUGGCACAGCUCGCCUGAGGAAAGUUAUCCAGACGGUGUACCUGAAGAAAGUUCCCAAGCCUCAUAAAGGCAAUCAAGUCAAUGGAAUUAAACAUAAGAAAGCUUCUGGCAGCUCCAAGAAACGGUUCUGUCCAUCUUGGUUCAACAUCCCUGAAAUAGCGCCAUGGCUCGAAGAAAGUACUUUACCAAACCACGCCUACUGCAAAUUCUGCCAGAAAGAUUUAACUGCUGGCAAGAGUGAACUUUACAAGCACAUGAACACUAGCAAGCACCAAAGAAAGGCUGAACAUUAUGGCUUUGCACCUCCAAUCAAACGUGAGCCUCACGAUGGCAUGAAUGAUGUACUUGAAGUUGAUUUUGACCUGUCACGAGACGACGACUCGAAGCUCUCGCCAGUGCAGGGCAACGCAGAGCGACCGCCCCCAGUCCCAUCGAGAUUGCCUGCUCUCCGUAAAUAUGAAGUGUACCUAGCGGAUGACAUGCAUGUCGCUAGCACGCCAGCGAUGCUAGAGGUUGCCCACAACGUCAACAAAGACCCGUGCACUACAGGCAGAGUUCGAGAACUUGAGAAGAGAGUCGCCCAACUGCUGGACAAAGAAGACGCCAUGUUUGUUCUAACGGGCAGCAUGGCUAACUGUCUUGCAGUGCUAGCACACUGCCCCAUCAGCGGCAGUCUGGUGAUGGCUGGUGACCGUAGCCAUCUCUACCGCCGCUGCCAGACCUCUCUCACGCGUUUGGGCCAAGUCAACCUCCGUGUGCUGAGAAACACCGACGACGGGCGUGUUAAUUUAGACGAAGUAUGCAGUUUGAUGUUGGAUGAGGGAGACGCUGUGCAACCGUCGCUACUUUGUCUGGAGAACACCCACACCUUCUGUGGAGGGCAGGUCCUGCCUGAGCUAUUCAUGCAGCAGGCUGGCAAAGUUUGCCGAGAUUUUGGACUGAAGCUUCAUGUUGACGGCGCACGACUGCUGCACGCUGCGUUUGCCUGCGACCUGAGUCCCUCGCUGCUGGCUGCUCAAGCUCACUCGGUUACUCUUUGCUUCAACAAGGGACUUGCGGCUCACAAUGGCUCUGUUGUUGCUGGAUCAAAGGAUUUUAUUGACAGAUGCAGGCAAAUAUCUGACGUGUUCUGCACCUCCUCAGUGAAGCUGGAAGCCCUGGCAGCGACAUGCUUGCGGGCGCUUGCAAACUACGUCCAUCACAUCGCCAAGACGCAGCUGCAUGCCAGGAAUAUUUACAGAAGUCGGUACUGUGCCAGGAAUAUUUACAGAAGUUUAUCUCGGCUUAACACGACAGCCAUCACCUUGGUUCCGUCCAAUCUUCACACCAACGUCAUCAUAUUGGAAUGCGACGGCGUGCGAGUGACUCCCCAACAUCUCACCGAGCGUCUUAGACUGAUACCGGCACACGAAGUAAAGGAACUGGCGGAGCGUACGACUGUCGUGGCGAAGGUGAGGUCGUACAACACUGUACGACUGAUGACUCAUCCUGGUCUGGGGCAAGCUCAAGUUGCUGCGGCUAUCAAGAAGCUCAAGUUUGUCAUGGAAGAGUAUGACAAUUACCUUGUUUUAGAAUGUGAUAUGCCCGAAGAAUAAAUGUUGACUUCCUAAUCAGAAUUGUGUACAAAAUUAAGUACAUAUAAAUAUGAGUUAAACCGUGUCAUUAAAUUACCGUAAGCAAUCAAGAAAUUGAACCCAAAGCAACCGUCUGGGGAUUAUAAAUUACAAUCUAUAGAAAAUACGCGAUGAUAAUUUCAAGCCCAACCAUAGUAGUAUUGAAAUUUCACUGGGAUAGAAAAAAUUCACUGCGAAUUAUCGGUAUGACUGUAUUUAAUUUCAGUUCAUCUAAUCACGUUAUUUCUGUGGAGCGAAUUUGUUCGGAUCCCGUACGCGACAUAACGUUUAUUAGUUGGAAAAAAUCUUUAUUAUGGCGUACUGAAGAGUCUAUAUGGCUUCAUCAAAAUAAGAAAGUCACCUACAUGGUGAGGUCCAUAAUAGCAUUAACGAUAUCAUUAUUGUUGGCCCGAAGCGCCUUACAAGCCUUGGCUCUGGAAACAUUAGCUUGAGACACAACAAGUUCUAUAUCUUUUUCUUCGAGGCCACUGUAGUCAACCUCGCCAUCUUCCUCUUCGUCGUCUUCGGGGAUGGCAGGAGCUGCAGGCACGCCUGGCAGGCCGGUGCUGAUACUCAGGUCGCCACCGCCACCUGCCACCGAGCUGCUGCUUUCCUUCAGUUUCUCAGCCGCUGCCAUCUGGGCUUGCUGGCUCAUAUCCUCAAUCUGUAAGGAGGCAUAUGUUCUUCCUUAUAUUGAAUAACCACAUUGAUACCUUUCAUUCUGAAGUUCAAUAAAUCCGUUACAGAAAAUUAAAAUACAAGAGUUUGUUAAACUAAAUAUAUAGUCACGACAAACAUCCUGACAUGUAGCACUAGAUUUGAUUUCAUUAUUUCAAGAUAAGGAACAUGCUUUGUUACUCGGCACUCACUUCGAUAGACUAUCAGACUAAACCUAGUUGUUACCUUUGCUUCUCCAAAAACGAUGUAUGUGUCAGAGACGGGAUUCUUGUACACGUCCGGCUUAUUGAUGACAAAAAGGAUGUUCUUACUCUUGCGGAUCGUAACUCUAUUAACACCAGCGACGUGCUUUAGGCCAAGCUUGCUCAUCAUCUUGCGGGCCUUCUUUUCAGCACGGCUCUGUUUGCCUCCCUGUAAAAAAACAUUAGGUUUUAAAGAACAAUAAGAGUAUAAAAUAUUGCUAUCAUAUCGAGAUAAAGCAGAUAGUAUGGCACAGCAAUAAUGAAGCUUGUGGCAAUUAGUCCUUUUAACUUUAGUAGCAAAUGUACACUACAACCUUCAGGAAGAUAU